GAGCCCGCCCAGGUCUGCAGGGUCCUGGGGUCCUGCGGGUUCUGUAGGGUUCCCUGGUGUGUGGAGUCCCCACCCGCUACAAGCUCCGUUGGGUCUACGGAGUGUGCGGGGAUCUCCCAGCCCUGUUGGCUGUACGGGCUCAGUGGGGUUUGCAGGGAUCCCCUCGUUCUGUGGGGUCCGUGGGCGCCGAGUCAGGGCCAUGCCCCUGGGCUCCGCUCGCGGAGCCGGCGUCGCCCUUGUUGACUUUCAAAAGGCGCCGCCGGCCCCGUGCCCUACACGUUCUGCACGCCCUGCGCGGAGUUCCCCGCCCUGGCGCACUGGCCUUGGCUGGCGGGAGGGGGCCGGAGGGGCUGCCGGCGGAGCAGAGACACAGCCCCCCUCCCCGACACACCAUGAGCAUUUAUGACAUUAACAGAGAACAGGACUAUGUCAAGAAUUCUGAGGGUAUACUUGGUGAAAAUGAAUUAAGACCACCCUCCCAGCUACAUUCUCUCUUAGAGAAGAUCGAGACAGGGUCCCUAUCAGAAAAGAUUUUUGAGACAGUGUCCUUGAGUUCAGACUCUCUCUUCCAGAGGGCAGUUUCACUCCUCCAUACUUCUUACUUGGACUCUUCAUCUGAGCAUGGUUUUCAGUACAGUCAAGUGACUUUGGUGAAAAAUGACAUUUUCUUAAAUGAGUACAAAACUUUUUACCAACAAAAAAAAGCAAGUAGCUAUACUCAGGAAGAACUUCAAGACACUUACGGGUUUCUUCUGUUUGAUACUGAAAAGCAGGCAAAAUUGGUAUGUCAGCGUGGACUCCGUGUUGGCAGCAGUGCUGUUACCACUCUGGGUGAUCCAGCCAAAGGUGUAUACAUUUCCAAAUACUCCGACUAUCUUCAUCCAAGACCAUGGUAUCAUGGGAAAUCUGGUUAUGUUGUAAUUUUUAAUAUAAUUAAGGGAAAAGUCAAGUUUGUGUCUGAGAAUUAUACAACUAACUAUACUAAGCCAUCUUCUGGCUAUGAUUGCCACGUGUCUGAAAAUACUAACAAGGUUUCUAACAAGACGAGUCAUUUUCGUGCCUUUGAACUGAGUCAGUAUUACUUUUACGAACUUUCAGGCAACACCGUUAUUGAACGACCCAGACAGAUCUGUCCUUAUGUAAUUGUAGCUUUUCGAUACAGGGAACCUAAAACUAUGGCACCACCAGCUCAUAAAAGCAUACUUGAACGCAGUGAAAAUGUUCUCAUGUCUCCAUGGAAAGGGAAAUUAAUUGUUCAAGACCGUAUGCUAUGUGAUAUAGCUCUUUGGUCCACUUACGGUGCAAUGAUUCCAACACAGCUACCGCAGGAACUAGAUUUUAAAUAUGUGAUGCAAGUGUCUUCCUUGAAAAAAAGACUACCAGAGGCUGCCUUCAGAAAACAGAAUUACUUGGAGGAGAAAGUCUGUUUUCAAGAUUUGUGCUUCAAUUUGUAUGAGGUAGAACUGUCAAACAGACAAGGGGAAAAUAUAGAUAAAUUAACAGAAUGUAUUAAAAACAAGCAAUUGGCAAUCAUCAAAUGCUUAGAAGAUCGAGGGUUUUUCAUUUUACUUACAUCAUCAGCCUUACUAUCAGAACCAGAUUUUGGAAGCAAGCAGAUGGGUCUGCAUGGGUUACAUUUAUUUCAUUCACCCCUGUCAACAGGGGUGAAAGAUUUGAAAGUUGAAGAUGACAUCUCAAUGAAGGUGAUACCUAUUUUACCUACCCUUAAUUGUGCCCUGCUAGAAACAAAGAAAUCACUUCCUGAAGAAAGAAUCCAUCCAAACACAUUAGUAAAGCGUCAUUUCCAAGAAUUGUACAAGGCGGACAGAAGCCCUUCAUUGAGUGUUGCUCCGCAGGAUAGAAUGAAAGACCCUACAUUCUUGGGGAAACUGCCCAGUGGUUUUGACUUGAUUCCUCCAGCUGAAAAGUGCCCUUCAGAGUCUUUAACUCAGUUGAACUCUUAUUUUUCAGACCCUAGUGCUUACAUUUUGGAAGUGUCUAGUGCUUUGGACUUGCUAGCAGAGCAUCCUCAGUCUCCUUGUGUUUCAGAUGGAAUUUGUGAUGCUGGAUUUUCCUUAGUUAUGACUCCAGAUCCUGAAUUUCUUGUCUCAGAGGCAGAAGUGAGAAAAGAAACUGAAACGAAAAAGGAUUCUGAAGAAAUGUUGAAAGCAAAGAAGAGAGUUUUUCCAUUGAGUCCAGCGUCAAAUCUGAGAGUGCAGCCUAAGAGGAAGGCCAGCAUGCCCCACACGGUGCAGAGUAAAAAGGUGAACUUGUGCCGCCCCUUUCCCAAAAGAACUGCUUCCAGAGCAGACAACAGCUCGGACUCUCCAACAACUCUAAAGUUAGUUAAAGGACAGUUUCCUCAGAAAAGAAAAAGAGGUGCGGAAGUGCUGACUGCACAGUUUGUACAGAAAACCAAAUUGGAUAGGAAAAACCAAGAAGCUCCUAUUUCUAAAGAUGUUCCAGUGCCAACAAAUGCUAAAAGGGCAAGGAAACAAGAGAAAUCUCCAGUGAAAACUGUUCCAAGGGCUAAGCCACCUGUGAAGAAAUGUCCACAAAAACAGAGAGUAAAUAUAGUAAAAGGCAAUGAGAACCCCAGAAACAGAAAGCAGCUACAACCUGUCAAAGGAGAAACUGCUUCAAAGCUUCAAUCAGAAAUUUCAAGAGAUGGUCAAGAAGAUGGGAUUAGCAUAAAUAGUGUUCAACCAGAAAAUACCACAGCGGCUCACAAUGAUCUUCCUGAAAACUCCAUCGUCAACUAUGACUCCCAGGCCCUAAAUAUGUUAGCCGAUCUAGCAUUAAGCUCUGCUACUUCUUCCACACCAGUAUCUGAGGCUAGAAAUCUUCACUGUUCCUCUGAAUUGCCACAAAAUGAUGUUUUGCUCUCUAAAGAAAAUUCUUUGCGAGGUACAUCUGACCAUGAAUAUCAUAGAGGAGUUAAAAGUCAAAAAGGUGAAUUACUACCUAACCCAUCUUCUGAUAGGAAGAGUAAUUCUGGAUCAGACUUAACUGUUAGCCAAGAUGAAGAAAGCUUGGUUCCUUGUAGUCAGGCCCCUGCUAAAGCCCAGUCAGCACUUACUGAGGAAAUGCUAGAAUCUUCAGAUGCAAGCCAAAGCUCUUCUGUUUCUGUGGAACAUUCAUAUGCCCUGCUCCUUAGAGAACAUUCAAAGAAACAUCUACAGGAGAGAGAGAUACUAAGCCCUCUGUUUCCCAGGAAUGGGACAAAAAGCCCUGAAGCAGCAACCCCAGUGGGGAAAGUCAUGCCAUUUUGGCAUCAGCCCGGCCUUUUGCUUCAGCAAAAGCCUCCUGACGACCCCGUGGUAAAGCCCAAGGAUCGACCAACGUCUGCCCGUGUGAAAAAAUCUUCCUGCUCUCGUAUAGUGUUUAGCUGUGAUGACUCCGUUAAGAUCACUUUCAAAUGUGAAACAGAAUAUGCAUUCAGUUUAGACAGCAAAUAUACCAACAACCCACUGGAGAAAACUGUAGUAAGAGCAUUACAUGGGCCCUGGAAUACUGAUUUGCCUGAUAAUGUGGAAGAAGUGAAGCUUUUACUUCAUAUGUGGGUAGCUCUGUUUUACAGCAAUCAGAACAAAGUCAUACGAUCUUCCCGAAAGGUUGUAGAACACAGCAACCCAGCAAAAUAUGUGUCUAUAAAUAGCACGUUAGAAUCUUGUGAGCUCCGUGAAAUUGAGGAGUCCCUUGGUUUGGAAAAAUGUUCUGCAGACCCUCUGUUGGAGACUAACGAAAUUUCCAGGGGUCAUGCUGCUGAAGUAUCCUUCCGUGAUCCUAACUGCUUGCUUCCUUUCAUUAAAACACCACUUACCCAAGGCUUGGAACUCUGUGUACAAAAUGAACAGAAAAAAGCUUUUGCAAGAGAGUGUGAUCCAGACACCCAAGAAGACCAGAAUUUCAUCUGUUCUUACAAUAAUGAGGUAAUUGGGGAAGAAGCUAAACAAGAAUCAUUGGAGACUUCUAAUCUUGUGCUUUCGGGUAUUGGAAGUACACAAACUAAUGGACCUUCUGUUCCUAGUGAAGAAGAAAUUGUUCAGCCACUGGAUAGCACAAGAGUGGCUUCUUACAGUGGCACUGUUACUCAAGCCACAUUCACCAGGACUUACGAUGGGCCUGGCAGUCAGCCAGUGAUAUGUCAGAGCUCUGUGUACGGUACCCUUGAAAACAAAGUGGAUGUUCUUGAUGCAGCAAUGCAAACAAAAACAGGUACUUUACAGGACCUUAUCCAACAUGGCAGCCGCAUAAACAAUGAAUGUCACCCUUCCUUGGAAAGAAAGGAUGAUAAUAUGGGGUGUGCAGUGAUUAACCCGGAACCAGUUACUCUCACCUUUGAAAAAAAUGCACAUGUACCAAUACAGACAGAAGGUGUAAAUACAGCUGAUGAACCUACAACCUUUAAUAAGGAGUUGAUUAAGCAAGUAUCACCUGCUGCAAGCCUUAGACAUCCUGUAUCCACCUCGGAAAAUGCACAAACACAAGGCCUGAGGGACAUUCCCUCUCUAGUAGUUGCAGGACAGAAAGGCACUAAGUACCUUUGUGCCUCCUCAGUAGGUAGAGAGACACUUGAUAAAGAAAUGUGUUCAUUACAGAAAGAGAUGCCUCUUCCAGUCUCUCUACCAUCUGAUAAAACAAUGGUAAUGGAGGCAUUAUCAUUAGUUAAAAGUUCUAGUUAUCUAUUACCCAGUGAAGAAGUGAGAUGCACUCAGGAUUUCCUUUCACAGACUCAGAGUCUCCUCAGCCUAUCUUCAGAAGGACUUCUAGAACUGACACAGGUUGAAGUGGACUCAUCAUCAGCCUCUACCACCUUGGGAAAGCAGUGUUCACUUAACUGCAUUUCAUCAGGAUGCCACACAUCAGGUGACUCUUUAGAACUAAGGAAGAAUCACAAGAAUGGUCCAAACACUGAAAAUAUGAAUUUGGAAGCGUUUGAUUCAGUAUUUAUCAAACAAACAAGCCUGUCUGUGAGUAGAGAGGUCAGCCUAGAGUUAUCAGAGGAAGAUUCUGACAUUGACUUAGCUCUAACAAUAUCACCACCUACAAGUCCCAGAGAAGAAAUGCCAGCUGGUGAAAUAGAGCAAUUUGAGGAGGCCCCAUUCUCAAAUUUAGAACUUCAGGAUGUAGCUGAGGAAAUAGGUGAACCGGAAGAGGUGGCUCUCACAGAAAGCAGAGAAGUGAAUUCUGCUGACAAUGUGUCAGUAUAUCCCUCAGUGUCAGAAGAACCAGUAGAAAAUAAGGAGAGAAAGGGGGAUAAUUUACAACCAGUUACUUUAAUACUUUCUAAAGAAAAUUGCACCCUUGAGAUUGCAGAGGAAAUUAAUGUGACCUCUGAUUUUCCCUUUGAUUCUGUAAUUGAGGAAGUAUCACCAGCUUCUAGUCCUGAACCUCCAGUACCAGUUAAAGAGACACGACCAUAUCAGGCUGUGACUCCAUGCAUUUUAAAACUUCAUGGUACACAGUGUGAGAAGAGCAACCAAAUCUCCCAAUGUGAGUCAGAAGACUUAGGCAUAACAGAAAAAGAAAAUGUUUUUGUUGGUCCUACCCAUCCAGUGGGGCAAGAUAACUUUACCCAGGUACAACAAAUGCAGGUCUCUGCCGAAAUGCCUCUAAUAUUAACUCAUCAUCCAGGAAGAACAGGUAGACCAACCCUUCCUGGUAAAGUAACUGAGGAAAUUGUCUCAAGUGAGCAUGAUGAGGGUUUAUCUUUCUCAGGAAAGGUGCAGUGCUAUGGUAGGGAGUUAAACCAGCCUGGCUCAGCUGCCAAAUGCACAGGUGACUUCAGUCCUUCUCCUGAAAAACUGGUAAAAUCAGGAAAUCCAUUGCAGCCAGUUAGUAUAGAGAACAGAAAUUUGGACUUAAAACAUCUUGUCUUGGAGUCCAGUGAACCUCCAUUUGGUCCUAGAAAUGUUAUUGAAAAUAAGUCUUUGUCUGACACAUUGGUUUCCACAACUGCACCAAGUGGUAUAGUGAAUGUGUCAGUAAAACAGCAGACUAGCCCUAAAAGCAGUCAGAACCAUCUCUUUCCCGGUGAUUUGAAAACAGAUGAAGGCAUUUAUCUGCAGGUGAAGUCCUUGACAGCUGCCUCGGUUGAUGGAGCUUAUUCUACACAGGGAUGCAUGUGCUCAGUGGUCCCCACGCUUUGUUCUUCCUCAGACAAUGCUACAUUAACCCAUUAUGUAAGACGAAUAAGUGCAGAGCCAGCGUUUCAAGCACAGGAAAUACCAGCAGGCAGAAGGGCCAGUUUGCUUAAGAAUGGUGAGCCUGAAGCUGAGUUACAUAAAGAAACCACAGGUCCAGGCACUGCUGGCCCUCAGUCCAACACCACAUCUUCUCUAAAAGGUGAACGUAAAGCCAUCCACACGCUGCAAGAUGUGUCAACAUGUGAAACAAAGGAGCUGUUGAAUGUCGGGGUUUCCUCCCUUUGUGCUGGUCCCUACCAAAAUACAGCAGACACCAAGGAAAACCUCAGUAAAGAGCCUUUGGCCUCCUUUGUUUCAGAAUCCUUUGAUACUUCUGUUUGUGGAAUAGCCACAGAGCACGUAGAAAUUGAGAACAGUGGGGAGGGGCUCAGGGCUGAGGCUGGUUCUGAAACCCUAGGCAGAGAUGGAGAGGUCAGUGUGAAUUCCGACAUGCACUAUGAACUCUCUGGAGAUUCUGAUCUAGACCUGCUUGGUGAUUGUAGAAAUCCCAAAUUCGAUUUGGAGGAUUCUUAUACUUUAAGAGGUAGUUACACCAGGAAAAAAGAUGUUCCCACAGAUGGCUAUGAGUCGUCGUCGAACUUCCACAACAACAACCAAGAGGACUGGGGCUGCUCUAGCUGGGUUCCAGGCAUGGAGACGAGCCUCCCUCCCGGGCACUGGACUGCUGCGGUAAAGAAAGAAGAGAAGUGUGUGCCGCCUUACGUCCAAAUCCGAGAUCUCCACGGGAUCCUCAGGACUUACGCCAACUUCUCUAUAACAAAAGAACUCAAAGACACCAUGAGAACUUCACACAGCCUGAGGAGGCACCCGAGUGUCACUGCAAACUGUGGCCUGCCCAGCUCCUGGACAAGCACUUGGCAGGUGGCAGACGACCUCACCCAGAACACUUUAGACCUGGAGUAUCUGCGUUUUGCACAUAAACUAAAACAGACCAUAAAGAAUGGGGAUUCUCAGCAUUCUGCCUCCUCUGCCAAUGUCUUUCCAAAGGAGUCACCAACCCAGAUCUCCAUUGGUGCUUUCCCUUCGACAAAAAUCUCUGAAGCCCCAUUUCUGCAUCCUGCACCUAGGAGCAGAAGCCCCCUUCUGGUAACAGUUGUGGAGUCAGAUCCCAGACCACAGGGGCAGCCCAGGAGAGGCUACACAGCCAGCAGUCUGGACAGCUCUUCCUCUUGGAGAGAGAGGUGUAGUCAUAAUAGAGAUCUUAGAAAUUCUCAAAGAAAUCACACUGUUUCAUUCCACCUCAACAAACUGAAAUACAACAGUACUGUGAAGGAAUCUCGGAAUGAUAUUUCACUUAUUCUCAAUGAGUAUGCUGAAUUCAACAAGGUGAUGAAGAAUAGCAACCAAUUCAUUUUCCAAGACAAAGAGCUAAAUGAUGUUUCUGGAGAAGCCACUGCUCAAGAGAUGUAUCUGCCUUUCCCAGGACGGUCAGCCUCCUAUGAAGACAUAAUCAUAGACGUGUGCACCAAUUUGCACGUCAAACUAGGAAGUGUUGUGAAAGAGGCUUGUAAAAGUACCUUCCUGUUCUACCUUGUCGAAACAGAAGACAAAUCAUUCUUUCUAAGAACAAAGAACCUUCUGAGGAAAGGAGGCCAUACAGAAAUUGAACCUCAGCACUUCUGUCAGGCUUUCCACAGAGAGAAUGAUACACUAAUCAUCAUCAUCAGAAAUGAAGAUAUAUCAUCACAUUUGCAUCAGAUUCCUUGUUUGCUGAAGCUGAAGCAUUUCCCCAGUGUCAUCUUUGCUGGAGUAGACAGCCCUGGAGAUGUUCUUGAUCACACCUACCAAGAACUGUUUCGUGCAGGAGGCUUUGUGAUAUCAGAUGACAAGAUACUAGAAGCUGUAACAUUAGCUCAACUGAAGGAAAUUAUCAAAAUCCUGGAAAAACUAAAUGGAAAUGGAAGAUGGAAGUGGUUGCUUCACUACAGGGAAAAUAAAAAGCUAAAAGAAGAUGAAAGAGUGGAUUCAACUGCACAUAAGAAGAACAUAAUGUUGAAGUCAUUUCAGAGUGCAAAUAUCAUUGAAUUGCUUCAUUAUCACCAGUGUGACUCUCGAUCAUCAACAAAAGCAGAAAUUCUGAAAUGUUUGCUAAACCUGCAAAUUCAGCAUAUUGAUGCCAGGUUUGCUGUCCUCCUAACAGACAAGCCUACUAUCCCCAGAGAAGUCUUUGAAAAUAGUGGAAUCCUUGUUACAGAUGUAAAUAACUUUAUAGAAAACAUAGAAAAAAUAGCAGCUCCAUUUAGGAGUAGCUAUUGGUGACUCAACUACAGCCUGCCUGGAUAUGGAUGAUGCCAAUAAAAAAUUAGUAUUUUCCCUUUGGAAAACUUGUGAACAUGUGAAUACACAUGUGAACAGUCUGAAAAAUCAAUGUUCUACAACUUGGAAAGUUUUCAUUUUUUAUAUUUUGCUGAAAUAUGUCACAGUGGCAUUGUAGUUGUCUGUUAGCUUUGGGUUGCAGUGCUACAUAUUGUUUUAAAUUAUUUUCAUUUUAAAUAAGAUGCCUUCUAAGCUAUUGAGCUUAUUAAAAAUAAUUUUACAUGUUGGAGCAAAAAUAAGUCUAUUUUAACAAAUAGCUUUGUUUUUGCAUGCUAAUGUCAGAAAGGCAUACAGUGCACAUUAUGCUGUUUUAAAGGUUUUACCACCCUUGUAAAAACUAUAAUCUUAAAUGGUUUUAUUUGCUGUUACACAAACAACACUACAUAAAACAUUUUUUCCUAAAUGGUACAAAUUUAUAAACUAUCAUUUUUCACUUACGGUAUUUGUAAAUACUACACUACAAAAAUCAGCUUUCUGAGAAAGAAAUAAUCAUUUAUUUAUGAUAUUGAAAAUUUCUACAGUAAACACUCAAAACCAAGCAAAAAACAUUUGUAAGAUACAUGGUAUCUAUUUGGAGCAACGGUUUUUGUAACUAAUGUGUUUCAUUUUUUAAAUAAAGACAACUAAAAAUCA